CCGAAAGUUAGUCCUGAUGUGAUUUUCUUCCGCCCAAAUUCAAAACAACUUACACAUUAUCCUACGUAAGUGUUUGUUAAUUACCCAUUUUUAUCCAAAUCUAAAUGAUUUAUGCGUUAUAUUGAUGUCCAGAACCCGUUCACGUCCGUCUUAAGUAUUCAAAAUGAAGUUUAACGUAUUUGUAGCCUUUAAAUGAUCAUGUUUAUGUCGAUGUUGAAGCUUUGCGACUUGACUUUGUUACAUUAAUAAUCAAUAAUGUUCAAAUCGUGGAAGAAAAUUCAAUGUUACAGCAUAAAUCCACUUUAAGAAAAUGUACAUUUAGCUCUUAAGCUGAAAUUUAGAAAGCACAGCUAGCAAAGGGUGCAUUGACAGUAGCGAAAGGACCAUGGAUGUGGACGGGAGGCCCCGCAUCCGGUCUUGGGACUGGGACAGUCCUUACUGCCGGGCCCAGUUGGAUGAGAUCUUCUUCCGGCCGAAUGACUACAUUCAAGCAGGCAGCCAGGAACACAAAGACUUCUGGGCUUUUUUCGACCGCUUCCAAAGGUUCAAGCUAAAGAAGGACAUGUGUGGACAUGGUUCCAGCUCCUAUGAGGACAGAGACAGGGUCCAAAGCGGAUCUUUGGACCUGCCUAAGGAGUACGACGCCCGGUACCGCAUCAACGUGUCGUUAGUGACCAAAGACGUUGAGGAGCGUUUGGGACGAUCUCACGGCAGACGCGAGUCCUCCGGUCCGAACGCUGAAGUGAUUUCGGAUUUCCGUCUGUCUUUGCUGCAUUACCUGGACUUUAGUCAGCGACAGAGCUUCGGUAAGCUGGCCAAACUGCAACGGGAGCAAAAGAACCUGCCGAUCUACCAGUACCGAGAGCGCGUUGUGGAACUGGUCAGGCAGAACCCGGUGGUCGUGGUGGCGGGAGACACCGGUUGCGGCAAGUCCACCCAAGUGCCCCAGUACCUGCUGUCAGCCGGGUUCUCGGAGAUCGCUUGCACCCAGCCGAGACGUAUCGCCUGCAUUUCGCUGGCUAAGAGGGUCAGCUUUGAGAGUCUCAACCAGUACGGAUCCAAGGUGAGUUACCAGAUCCGCUUCGAAACCACGCGCACCACGGCCACCAAGCUAAUCUUCCUGACCGAAGGUCUACUCCUGAGGCAAAUCCAGCAGGAUAAAACGCUAGAACAGUACCAGGUUCUGAUCGUGGACGAAGUGCACGAGCGCCACCUGCACGGCGACUUCCUGCUAGGCGUCCUGCGCUCCCUGGUCGCCACUCGUCCCGACGUGCGUCUCAUCCUGAUGUCCGCCACAAUCAACAUCAAGCUUUUCUCCGAUUACUUUGGCUCUGCCCCCGUGCUGCAAGUGCCAGGCAGGCUCUUUCCAAUCCAGGUGAUUUAUCAACCGAUACCUCCCGAAGAGCAAGCGGCGUCACGUAUGGAGAAGCUGGAACCGCGGCCGUACUUGCGGAUCCUGCAGGGCAUUGAUCAGAGAUACCCGCCGGAAGAACGUGGUGACCUGUUGAUUUUUCUGAGCGGCGUGGCGGAAAUCGGCGCUAUUCAGGAGGCGUGUCAGGUGUACGCCACGCACACGCGCCGAUGGAUUGUGCUGCCACUGCACAGCACGCUGUCGCUGGCACAGCAGGACAAGGUGUUUGACAUAGCGCCCCCCGGUGUGAGAAAAUGUAUCAUCUCGACCAACAUCGCGGAAACGUCCGUCACCAUCGACGGUGUGCGCUUCGUCGUCGAUUCAGGCAAAGUGAAGGAGAUGAGUUUCGACCCCAAGGCCAAGAUGCAACGACUUCAGGAGUUCUGGAUCAGCCGAGCCAGCUCUGAGCAGAGGAAGGGACGCGCAGGCCGCACGGGUCCCGGCGUGUGCUACCGCCUGUACGCCGAGUCCGACUACGACGCCUUCGCUUCCUACCCCGUGCCUGAAAUCCACCGAGUGGCGCUGGACUCAUUGGUUCUUCAGAUGAAGAGCAUGGGACUCGGAGAUCCGCUUUCGUUCAUCUUUAUCGAUCCCCCGCCGGCAGCCAGUAUUCAGACCGCCAUUACCUACCUGAAGGAGCAGGGGGCGCUAGACAAUGGUUGUGAGCUGACCACCAUUGGGAGUGUGCUAGCCCAACUUCCUGUCGACGUCGUCAUCGGCAAGAUGCUGGUGCUGGGCUCCUUGUUCAAUCUUGUGGAACCUGUGCUGACGGUGGCCGCCGCCCUCAGCGUACAGUCGCCGUUCCUGCGCAGCUCGCAGCAGAACCCUGACUGUGCUACCGCCCGCCAGCCGCUGCACUGCAACCAGGGGGACCCCUUCACGCUACUGAACACUUUCAAUGCCUGGGUGGAGGUGAAGGGCGAGAGAGGGGGCGGUUCCAGGAAGUGGUGCCGGCGGCGUGGCAUCGAGGAACAGCGACUUUACGAGAUGGUCAACCUGCGCAGACAGUUCAAGGAGCUGCUGAAAAGCCACGGCCUUCUGGAAGCAGAGAACGACGACGACAAUCUCGGCGACCGACAGCAGCGGCGCGAACGUCUGACCGAAAGGAGGAAGCUCCAUCAGAUGAAGCGAGAACACGAACAACAGGAGGGCACCAAACGCAAAGUCCUCAGGCUGGAAGAAGGCCAGGACGGCGACUUCUCCUCCGGUUCUGACGCGGAGGAUGCAGGACGAGGGAGGAGGAAGAAAAAGAAGAAACACAAGGAUGACGGCAAUGUUGACAUCCAGGAAGUGAAGUUCAAGCUGCGCCAUAACGUGUCAGAUCUACAGGAUGCGGUCAACGCUAGCCAAGAUUUAUCAUCACGCCAACAGGCGCUUCUCAAACUUCUUCUCUGUCGGGGACUCUACCCCCAGCUAGCGUUGCCGGACGAGCACAACGGCACACGCAAGGACACGGAGCAGGUGUUCCAUACGAAGAGUAAGCAGGGAAUAGUGAUUCAUCCCACCAGCGUGUUUGCUAGCGACCCUGAGGUGUUACACGUGCGGGAUGAUGCGCGAGACACUGGGCGAGACAGCAGCAAACAUCAACUCCUAGCCUUUGUCACUUUGCUGGAGACUAACAGGCCGUAUUUGUCCAACUGUGUGCGUGUUCCUGCACUGCAGGCUCUGCUGUUGGUCGCCAACUCAGUAGACAGCAAUGCCGACUGCUCCCAUCUGGUGGUGGACGGCUGGUUGGAACUACAGAUAAAAGUGCCCGAGGAAGCCCUCAAGACUCUGUCCACGGCACUCAACCUCCGAGCCGAGUGGGAGCGCCUCCUGCAGGCCCAACUGGGACGUAGUCUCAUCGAGGAAGUGUCUCAGAAGGCCACGCAGAAGCUCAGUGAGCGCUUGGUCCGCUUCCUGCUUUACACUGAGAUCAGUUACAGCUUGCAGCGCCUCUCCGCCCUCAGCAUUCAGAAUUUAUACGUCGGACCCCAGGCUACAUCGGAACUUUUGCUCGGCGCCGGUGCCACGCCGCUCUUUCCGGAUAUGGAGGCCAAGCCGGAUCCGGUCAAGGGAGGCCUGCGCAUCAGCAACUUCUUCACGUAUAAUUGCCUGACUGAUUCCAGGGACCUGUACAGCGACUGCCUGCGAACUUUCUGGAGCUGUCCCAACUGUGACCUCUACAUGCCCCUCACGCCUCUGGAGCGAAUGCAGCAUCAGACCACCUGCAGGCCAGCAGGUGAACUGCAGGCUCAGGAGGAAGACAUCGUGAAGCCCAAAUCAUCGUCCUCCACUCUGUGCCGGGUCUACCACUGUGACGUCUGCGACCAAGACUUGACGCUAACGUCCACGGAGAUCCUCAAGCACAAAAGGCAGCAUAUAUACUCUGCUAAGUAACUCAUUCACUCAACUCAUUUUUUACGAGGAGCACAGUGGCCCCCCAACUUAAAAUUUUUGGGGCACAAGCAGAAGAUUCAGGGGCGCACACUGUAAAUUGACAUGCAAAGUUUUCCUCAAAUUUUCACUGUUUAACCGAUAAAUACUUCAUAAUAAAUGCAUAAAACUACAAACUUGUGAAUCUAUAGACAACUUUCCUGAACGAAAAUUGGGCGGCGCCAUCUUUGACAUUUUUUGCUACGGACUUCCGGUUUCGACAGAACAAAAUGAAGUGCGGUGGAAGUAAGCAGUGUGUAGGCAAAGUUAAAACUGCAAAAUUAAACCAGAGGAACCCACGGAAUCUCCAAAAAUAGAUUUAGCACGACGUAGGUGAGGCUCUGGGAUUUUCUGUGCUGUGCCUGAACUCCUAGAAGCACCUAUAAAUUAGGGUUGGGAAUCUCUGGCAUGAAGUCGAUUCGAUAUGUAUCUAGAUACACAGGUUACGAUUCGAUUAAAAAAAAAAAAAGAUACAUUUUUAAGGCAGAGCGAUUCGAUACAGUUUAGGAACGAUACGGCUUGAUACAGUGUGAAAACGAUACGAUAGUAAACAUUUGUUGUCUGUGCUUACAGUCCCUGACAAAAGUCUUGUCGCUUAUCCAUUUUGUAGAAACAGUUGCUAAUAACCCGACUUUUAAUUAUUUAAUUGGUUUCAGAAAUGACUCAUAUGAAAGCUAAGACCCUCCCAAAUGAUGUUGAAUGUACAAAAAUAUAUUUGUUUCACUGAAAAAAGAUUUAUCAUUUAAUGAAGACAUUAAGGUCAAAUUUUGGCAAGACAAAAGUUUUGUCACCUACAGAACGUAGUGUGAAAAUUAAACAAAAAAUGUACUUCAAAUACAAAAAUAUGUUACAUAACAUAAGCGAAUUAAGUAGUGAUGCUGUGAGAUCCAAAUUUAAUAUUUUGUAUGACUUCCAUGGGCUUGAAGGACUGCAUCCAUGCGGUUCGGCAAGGAUUCAUACAAUUUAUUUAUGCAGUCAUCAGGAACAUCAAAGAAAGCAGUCUUGCAUGCCUCCCAGAGUUCAUCAACAUUCUUGGGUUUCGUCUUCCAUGCUUCCACUUUCAUCCUACCCCAGACAUGCUCAAUGAUGUUCAUGUCUGGUGACUGGGCUGGCCAGUCCUGGAGGAUCUUGCUCUUCUUUGCCUUGAGGAACUUUGAGGUAGAGGUUGAAGUAUGCGAUGGAGCACCAUCCUGCUGCAGAAUUUGUCCCUUUUUAUGGUUAGGCAUGUACAAGGCAGCUAAGAUUUAUUGAUAUUUUAGACUAUUUAUGUUGCCUUCCACCCUGCAGAUCUCUCGCACACCCACAUUCUGGAUGUAACCCCAGACCAUGAUUUUGCCACCACCAAACUUCACUGUUUUCUGAGUGAAUCUUGGAUCUGCGCGGGCUCCAGUAGUCUCCACAGUCGCCGCAAAUAUUGCAGGAGACCUACUGAACAAAAAAACAAGACUUGCUGAAUGACCAUCAUUUUGUUGGAUGGGAUCGAUAAUAAAAUAAAACUCAUGUCACCUUAUCGUCUGUCGUCUCUGUGUUUUCCGUUGCAUGAAACUCAAGAUUUGUUGUACGAACACAAGGAUGGGGGUACUAUGGACAAUUAUUUUUCGCCCAUUGUUAUGAAUGAAUGCGGUUGGUUGUAGAAGCUUUUUUUUCCUACAAAUGUGCAGUUGUGGACGUAUUUAUUUUUUCCUUACAUAUUAGGGCAGGAUCCUCGGUUUAAAAAAGGAAAAAACCCUUCUAGGUGUAGCAGGGGUCGCGUUAAAUGGGAAGUUCAGAUUUUUUGACAUCAGGCUUAUUCUUCGAGUUAGGGGGGGGUUAAAUAGUCAGUGGAGUUGAUUUCAAAAUAUUCCGUAUCGUUUGUUAGUCUUCUAUUAUUCUUCAGGGCUCCGGAGUGGCUAUGCUAAUGCAAGUCAAUAUGGCCAAUUAGCAUGCUCAUGAAAACAACAUAUGCACGUAGGAGAAUCACCGAUGACGCAUGCAAUCAAUAGUGUUGGCUAUGUUUUCAGGAUAAAGUUAUUAAAACUUACCAUUGUAUGUCAAUAACUGCAGUAAGAACAGCAACAUUAGUAAUUCAGUUGCCGUGCAGAGAAGAGAACGAGCUGGCUACGCGGAGGGAUAUCACAUUGGUCUUUUCACCGCUUUAUUAUUUUUUUCUUUUUUGUGGCAACGAAGCGACUUCCCGCCCCCAAAAUGCAGGGAAGAAUUGGGGCUGAACUGUUUUCAGAACUCAAUAAAUGGUUGCAAGUGAACACCAAGACUUUUUCCCACUUCUCAACAAAGGUGUUCUUGAAACUUUUUUCUUCGUAGACAAGACCAACUGGAAAAAACAGGCAGAUAUCAUUGAGGUAAGUGGAUUCCUGCAUGCUUUAUUUUGUCGCUGGGCGAAUAUUCGUAUACUCUAAGCAUAGUUCCACUUCAGGAAAGCAGCUAUAUCAUCUCAACAAUAAUGCAUUGUGAGAGUAAAAGCAUGUCAAUAUAAAAAGCAGUAGCAGUAUGGCAAUUAUUUACAAGGAUGUGCCUAAAUUAUCACGCAAUAUGUCAAAAAUUAAAAACAUAAAACUGACAUAGGCAAAUGUGUUGAACAUAACUUCAAGUAUUAUUUCAUGUAUUUCAAUUGCCGAUGAUUGUCCCCUUAGAGCACUUGAUUUAAAAACUUGAAGUUACGUAAUUUGCGGACUAUAAGCCGCUACUUUUUUCCCCCCUCAUUUUGAAUCCAGCUGCAUAUAGUAGAGUGCUGCUUAUGUGUUGGGAAUAUUGAACAUGUGUCCAAGCUAGAGUUCUGUAACUUUUUUAAAUAAUAUAUUUAAUUUUUUGAUCUAUCACAUGAUGAUUUUGGCACUUUCUUUUUUAAUCACCCUGUAUUAUGGUUUUGUUGUUUUAGGCAACUCCGAUUGGUGGCAUAUAGGGUUGUUCUUGAGUGGGCGUUGAAAGGCAAACAUCUGGGAAGAGGCCAGCGACGUGUUCUUCCAUCAUGUGUCGUCUCCUGCAUCCGUGACAAGUGCACUUCUGUCAUUGGGAACUACAAUGGUUUUAGGGAAACUGAAGAUGCUUUGCAAUUAUUCUAAGUACAACUCCUACAUACCCAGAAACUUUUGAUCUUUUAAACCUUCACAUUUCACAAAUAAGACUAUAUGUGUGUUUUUUUUUUUUAUUAUUAUUAUUAUAGUACAUUCAAAAAUAUCUAUUAAAAAGAAAAAAGGAAAAUGUCAGCCUAAUUAUUUUUUUAAAUCUACUGACAUGUAAAAUGACUUUCUUUAUCAGGCCUUUUGAUGCCUGGGGAAUUGUAGUUGGAGGCUUGAA